CAACGUCUUUAAAUACAAAUGCCCAUUUCGAUAGUUUGCAAGUUCUCUGCUUCUUGCAUUUGCUUCAUCUUCCUCCCCUUUUGCCGUUUCUCCUUGUCUGGAUUUCUGAGAUUCAGUCCCUGCACGUAGCCAUGGGAACUCAAGCUCCGACUGACAAGAACUCAUAUGACCGCGCUGAUAUUGAUGAGAAAUUAGCUAAGCAGAAGGCAAUCGAUGAAUGGCUUCCGAUUACUUCUUCCAGGAAUGCAAAAUGGUGGUAUUCAGCGUUCCACAAUGUCACUGCCAUGGUUGGGGCUGGUGUCCUCAGUCUCCCUUUCGCCAUGUCAGAGCUCGGAUGGGGUCCUGGUGUAGUCAUUCUGAUAAUGUCAUGGUUAAUCACUCUGUACACUCUAUGGCAAAUGGUUCAAAUGCAUGAAAUGGUUCCUGGGAAACGGUUUGAUAGGUACCAUGAGCUGGGCCAAUAUGCCUUUGGUGAAAAGCUCGGCCUUUGGAUUGUGGUACCCCAGCAGCUCAUUUGCGAAGUAGGCGUGGACAUUGUGUAUAUGGUCACUGGAGGAAAAUCGCUGCAGAAGUUCCAUAAUAGUGUCUGUCCAGAUUGUAAAAACAUCAAAUUAACAUUUUUCAUUAUGAUCUUUGCCUCCGUUCACUUUGUGCUCUCCCCCCUCCCCAACUUCAACUCCAUCUCCGGCGUCUCUUUGGCCGCAGCAGUCAUGUCCUUAAGUUACUCUACCAUUGCUUGGGGGGCUUCUGUUGACAAAGGCGUUCAGCAAGAUGUGGAAUACGGCUACAAAUCCAAGUCUACUUCCGGAACAGUCUUCAACUUCUUGAGUGCCUUGGGGGAUGUGGCUUUUGCCUAUGCUGGGCACAAUGUGGUGUUAGAGAUCCAGGCAACAAUUCCAUCUACACCAGAAAAGCCGUCGAAAGGUCCUAUGUGGAAAGGAGUCCUUGUUGCCUAUAUAGUUGUGGCUCUGUGCUAUUUCCCUGUUGCUUUGAUCGGUUUUUGGAUGUUUGGAAAUUCAGUACAAGAUAAUAUUCUCAUCUCAUUGGAGAAGCCUAGGUGGCUUAUCGCAAUGGCUAACAUGUUUGUUGUCAUCCAUGUUAUUGGAAGCUAUCAGAUAUAUGCAAUGCCAGUGUUUGACAUGAUAGAAACUCUAUUGGUAAAGAAAUUACAUUUCAAGCCGAGUAUGGCUCUUCGUUUCAUUUCACGCAAUGUCUAUGUGGCAUUCACCAUGUUCGUUGCCAUUACCUUCCCUUUCUUUAGUGCUCUUCUUGGAUUUUUUGGAGGAUUGGCUUUUGCCCCAACUACAUACUUCCUCCCUUGCAUCAUGUGGCUCUCCAUCUACAAACCAAGGAAGUUCGGCUUAUCUUGGUGGACUAACUGGAUAUGCAUCGUACUCGGUGUUCUGUUGAUGGUUUUAGCACCAAUUGGAGGAUUGAGGAAUAUCAUAGUUCAAGCCAAGACUUAUAAAUUUUACAAUUAAGUCAUGCAUCCUCCUAUUCCAAACAAGUAAACUGAGUCACUGCAACUGCAAUCUUAUGGAUACAAGGGUAGCCAUUUAUGCUGCUGAUGAUCUCUUUAGAAAGUGGAGCAUUGAUACACUGCUUUGUCUGUGGAGAAGGAAAUUUGGCUUGAUGGAACCAGCCUCAAAGGGAAAUUCUUAUAGGCUCACUGUUUUCUUUGUGAUUUUGCUUUGUAUGGGUAUAUGUAUCAUCCUUCUUGUUGUGACUUUUUUUGCUUUUAUGAAGUGGGUAUAGGUGUUACAUGUUUAUUAAAUGCAAUUAUAUAUAAGAACGACUUUGAGCAUAUUGUUCUUGGCU